GUGCAGCCUGUUCAGAGGGACGGUGACACACAGACACACACAGACACACAUACUUCACUGCAGAGACUUUGCUGAGUGAGGAGGAGGAUGAAGAUGAAGAUGAAGCUGCUUUUUGUUUCUAUUGUGAUCGUUGUGAUGUCAGUGCCGGGUGUGACAACAUUUAUUCAAAUACCUACAACCACCUCUACUACAUGGACAACAGCUCGUCCUGUAGUAAAUUUGGAUGGGAAGAUGUUCACCUUAUCUUCUAAAGGAGGAGGAAUCACCUUCUAUCCCGCCUCCUACACCCCCCCCACCCCUAGGACUAAGACCACCACCACCACCACCCCUAGGACCACGCCGCUUUCAACUACAGGUUUGUCUGUGUGUCUGCGUUACCUCACUGACUAUAUGGAAACAAGAAACCCCCCACUCCUCAAACUCUUCCCAUCCGGCUCAGACUUUGUGACUCUUGGAACCAGUUACAAUUCUCUCUACACACUGUCCUGGGGGUAUUAUUACACACAAACUUUCAGACCCAACAUUCAAUUCUGGCCUGGAGGUUUUUCCCCGGACAUAUGGACCAGAGUCUGUGUCACCGUGGACAAUGCAAAGAAUGUAGGGCAGGUGUUCAGCGGCCACAACAUGAGCAUCAGGAAGAUACUGCCCUAUCAGCUUCCACAGGGAAACGAUCCUGUGAUCUAUGUUCCAGGAUUUGAUGGUCAGUUGACAGACGUCCAGAUGUGGGAUUAUCCUCUAAGCUACAGAGAAAUCAUCCAAUACAUGAGGCCCAGCACCUACAGGCCGUCCCGUGGCUCAGUCCUCACUUGGUCCGACAUCAGCUACUCUCUCGGUGGAAACGCUCUGUUGGAGGACACGUACCAGAUGCUGGAGCAACAGCCAAUCAGCAAAAGGGGGAGGGGCCGUGGCCUGAGGGGAGAGAAGAAGAGCAGGAGGGUUUUCAAAGUGGAGGAGAGUAAGAAAAGAGAGGGAGGAGAGUUUCAGUGAAACAUACAGAAGCAGAUGGAGAGCAAGCUGCAUCCUCUGUUCCUCAUUUAAUCAUCCAAUAAUAACUCAGAAUGAAUCAAUAAUCAGCAUUUAUCAAUAUCAAAGGAGAGUAAUAAAAUGUGGUCUGUCAUCUUAAUAUUUUUUUCAUUUGCAGUGUGGUUACCAUGACACCAUCAACAAAUAAAGGCUAAUUUCCACACUAAUUAAA